GUCGAGAGCUACAGCCAUGAUCAAGUGGUUUUGUAUCUGCGGCGUUUUCAUUUUCGUAAAUGCCUUUAUGGAUGAACGCAACUAUCGAAUCGUGCUCGAUGAAGUCAAUAUUACUAAUAUUGAUCCAGAGGUUUUCGUGAGGUUUGAUUGUCAACUCCACCAGAUUAACAACCGCAGCUACUAUGACUCUACCCGUAUCUUUAAAUACGACAUCGAUGACUUUUGGAUCCACACCGAGUUGGCGUUUUGGAAGUUAAACAAUCAGAAAAUGAGAAUAUUUGAUGUGAAGUUUGAUGUUUGUAAUUUUCUAAACAAUAUUCAAAAAAAUCGAUUGCUCAAUAUCUUUGUAAAGAACGUAAAGGCACAUUCCAACACCGAAAUGAAGUGCCCUUUUAAAGCAAACGAAAGUUACAGCCUGGAGAAAAUGUUCUUUGAUGAAAAGGAUUUUCCAGCUAAUGUUCCAUUGGGAAAGUUUCGAAACCUUAUCGAGUUCCUCAUUAACCAGAAACUGAGUGCCCGCCUGGUCAUCAAAGGCAGAAUCGUUCCACAUUGAGAUACAACUUGGACAUCAGUAAAUAUGGAUAAAUAUUUUUGAACUUUCAGUUAAUCAUAGAGUCUGCCCUUUGGAAUAAAUA